AUGUCCAUCCAAGUAUCGGAAAUGUCUAAGACUUAUCAAUACCGCAAAGUAAUGAAGCCAAUGCUGGAGCGUAAGCGGCGCGCACGCAUCAACAAGUGUCUCGAUGAGCUGAAAGAUUUAAUGGUCGUCACAUUGGAGUCGGAGGGCGAGCAUGUGACGCGGCUGGAAAAGGCCGAUAUACUUGAGUUGACCGUUACGCAUUUACAGAAAUUGAAGCAACAACGCAAGGCCGCUGCCUCCAAGGGUGGCGCUAUGUCACAAGCUGAGGGCUUCCGUUCCGGUUAUAUACAUGCCGUAAACGAGGUAUCACGCUCACUCUCACAGCUACCCGAUGUGAAUGUGCAUCUUGGCACCCAACUGAUGACACAUCUUGGCCAGCGUUUGAAUCAACUGCAACCUGCCGUACAGCCACCAACGCCCAUCAACGCACCGCUAUCAGUACACAUUGCCAGCAACGGCAGCCGCGCACAUUACUCCGUGCCCAUUUCGCCAAUCUCCAGCUACAAUGGUAGUCCCAACUCGAGCGCCAGCAGUGAGAAGCUUAGCAGCAGUUGUAUGAGUCAAAGUCUGCUAACCACCUAUAGUGGUCAUUCGCCCAUCGAUGCACGUAUAGCUACCAAUGCAGCACAAGCUGAGGAGGAGGAUGUCUGGCGUCCAUGGUAG